AGUUGCAAUCGUGAGUGCAAAGCGUGUGAACGUGAAUUUUACUUUUUCUAAAGUAACCAAACAAUAACAAUUGGGAAACAUCAACAACAACUAUCGCAGAAGAAAAAUUAUAAAAAAAUUAAAUAAUUUUGUCAAAUUAUAUCAUAAUUUUUUAAAUAUUAAAUAUUUUUAUAAACUAAGUAAAUUAUUAAAAAAUAUACAGUUUCUUAAAAAAUUAUAUUUAAAAUUUUCUAAAUCAUUUUUGUGAAAGUUUGAAACAAAACGAAAUGAAAAAAGUUUAACAAAAUCAUUUCGUAUCAAAUAAUAAAAACGUUUUGUGUUUUUUUUAGUUCAGUGUUAAAAUACGUGCUGUGGAAAUUAAUAAACACCUCAAAUAAACGAAAAAAAUAUAAAUAAAAAACGUUAUAUUUUUAGCUUAAAUUCAAAGAAUAAAAAAUAUAAAUAAAAUAACGUUUAAAGAAAAAAAAAAAGAAAUUCAUUACAAAUUUGUCAGACAGAGAGCUUCUCUAAUAAAUGAUGACAACUUUUUGUUUAAUUUGCCAACAAAUUAAUUUGGUAAUUAAGUGAAUGUGUAUGAGUGUAUGAGUUUAUUUAAAAAAGUGUAAUAUUUUAACAAAAUUACAACAUUUUUUAAUUAAAUAUUACAAAAUAAAACAAUUCAACUACAACAACAAUUAAAAGUGUUUUUAUUGAAUUAUUUGCCGGUGUAAUUUUUUCUGCUUUUAAUAAAAUAUAAAAAAAUUAUUAUUACCACAAUGGAAUAUAUAAAUAUGGAUAAACGUUUUAAAAUAUCAAAAAUAUUAAUUGGUAAUUUAAUAUUCCUCCUACUUUUUGCUCACACGAUCGACGAGACUUCUUCGUUUGGUUUCGAUUCGGCAACAUCAUGUAGCCCGAAUGCAAAACAAUCCAGAAGAGGACGUGCUCAAAUGUUAGCCGCCAUACCCUGUGAUCUUACAACACAAGCUUAUUGUAAUCUACCAGGAGCAGCUUAUCCAUGGCACGCUGUACGACGAUUCGUUCACGAAAAUCAGGGUCUAAUGAAACGAAUGUAUGGCGAUGUCCGUCAUAUAUCAGUACUACGAGAUGAAAUCAUCAACAAUGAAAUCGAUGUCGAAGAUAUAGAGUUGGCUGCGGAGCGAUAUUCCCGAGAUGGUUAUAAUCGCAGAGCUUCAAAGUUCAUGCAUAAUCGAGAAGAUUUUGAAAAUUUCAAAUCGAAUGAUGUGCUAAGAGAACCUCACUUCAGACCAGUCACUACAACUACCACCACUACUACAACAACCACAAAAUCGCCAGUAAGCACAACUGAAAAACUAGAGACUACCACCGAUAACAGUGAAUUAGAAAAGACUACCAACUCCGAGACCGAAACAAAAUUGAAUCCUUCCAAUAUUAAUAACACCAAUACCCAUGAGUUAAAUCAGAAACUGGAAAAUAAUUUCAAAUCAAAAUUAUUGCAAAUUGAAGAAGAUCCAGAAUUAACUACAAAAACCGAUUUGGAAAAAGACUUAGAAGAUGGUGACACCACAGUUGAGGAUGAAGAAGACGAAGAUGUUAAUAUUGAAUUUAAUAGUGUAUAUGAAACCCCCAAUGAAACUAUAUCUCCAGAAAAAACUUCAGGCGAUAAUAUAGAAAUUGUUGAUUCUCCACAAUUGGGUUUAACUAAUAUAACAACCGAUUCCAGUGUACAUUUAACAACAACUACAAAAACAGAAAGCACUACCUCUUCCCCCAUUACAACGACAACUACUAAAACCACAACUACUACUAUUAAACCCGAAACUGUAGCCGAAAGAGCUCCAUCCAAACAAAGAAAACCUUUCAUACCCUCUUCACAACGUCAAAGACCUUCACAACAUUUACACAAAGUCGAUUCUACCAUAUCGGCUAAAUUGAAAUUAAAAACAAAUCCCACAUCAGCCUCACCUUCUAGAAUAACUACCACAACUUUAGCCAGCACCUCUAAUAAUGAAACUAAAGCUUCGGAUAUCUCAUCCUCCACUACACCUCUUACCUCUACCAAAACAUCACCUUUUAAAAGUCAUCUGAAUAAAAAUUAUAAUCGCUAUACUACUCAUAAUAAUCGUUAUGCUUUACCCACUACCUCACCGCCAGGCCCACAGUUAUUAACACCUACUGUACAGCCGUUUAAAUCGAAUCCAGAACUCUUAUUGGGUGAGAAGAUAAGAAAACCUGUUGCAAGUGCCACACCAUCGAUAAGUGCAGCUGGCUUGGCCUCUAAUAAGCCGGUGCUAAAGGAUAGUCAGUUAUUCCAGGAUACUAUGAAACAAGAAGCACCUGCUCCGCCGGUCAACGCAAGAGGAGUUAACGCCUGCCCAGUAAAAGAAGAAGUGGUCGCUCCAUUUUGGGCCAACAAUACACGAGGUGAAGUUUUGGCUCUACUCAAUCUUUAUCCAUUCGAACAGUAUGUACACUGGGAAAAAUGUACCCACGAGCAUAAACAAAUGUAUUGUCGUGAAGGUUGUCGCUGCGAGCAACAAUAUCGGCUACAUCGUCUAUUGGCCUACGAUCCUCAUAACGAAUGUCGUGGCAUAUUUUCGGAUUGGUUUAGAUUCCCCUCAUGCUGUAUCUGCAAGUGUUAUAAUAUACCGCUAGACUUUAGGGCCACUUCCAGAUCGCCACGUUCAGAAAGCGGUACCAGUGAUUACCGACAUCCCAUAGAAGUGGCCGAAGAACAAGUGAAAAAUGCAAUUUAUGAACAUGCCACCGAAGAAUGGUAUCGGCCAAAAGAUGAAUUUGAUUUUUAUGAAGGAUAAAUUAGAAUUCUAAACAUUUUUUAAUGUUUUAUAUUUCAAGUAAAUUGUAUUGUUUUAAUUAUAAUAAUAAUUAUUAUGUUUUAUGCAAUUGUUGUGUUAAACUUUUUUUAUUUAAAUUUUAUUUUUUCUUUGUUUUUGUAAACUAGUCGCAAAAUUUGUUGUUAUUUAUUAUGAUUAUUUUAUAUUAUUAAGUUAUAUGUAUUUAAAUAUCGACAUUAUGUUUUUGUAAAUAUAGUUGAGCAUAAUGUUUUCUUUAGCGAAGAACAUACAUAAUUACUGAGCGUUUGUACCUUGAAAAUACUUUAAAACUUUGCGCGAAAGCCUCCCUCCGACCUGAAGGAGCUAAAGUUUUAAAUUGUUUAGCAUAAUUUUUUCACAUUUUUUAUUAAAGUUAUUGUCACACAUUAAAUUGCCAUAACAAUUUAUUUAUAAUUAUGCAUUUUUUUUAUUAAAUUAUUUAACGCAUUUUCAAGUUCAUUUUUUAAAAAUUAAUUUAUAACAUUUUUUAUAUGUAUUUGUAUAACUUUUAGUAGUAAUUUCUUGUAAAUAUAAUUUUUGUAAACUUUUUUACUUUA